UAUAAAAUAUUAACGAUAAUAUUGGUAUUGGUUUUAAAUAUCUAAUGAAAUAUAUUUAUUAAAUAAACUUGUUUGGUAUAUAUGUAGUAGUAGUUUGAAGUAACCCGUUGUUGAUUCACAAGAGAAUCUUGAUCAGUCUUACCCAGCAUAUACGUAUCUUGUGAGAACUGCCUCGGCAUAACGAUUAUAUCAUAAGCUAUUUCGCACAGAUGGAUUAUGAAUAGCAUUGGAAUCCAGGACGCGGGUUUCUUUCUAUUUUGAAACUCGUCAGCUCGAAAUACCUCCAACCCAGUGUUGUUACUCACGUAGGAGCGUAUAUAUAUGGAAAACAUUUAAAUUUUAAGGAUGGCAAGAAUUGGCAAAGGAAUUCAAUCAUGUCUAUCCUGGAUUCAUCAAAGAGAUGGUAGGGUGCCAUCAAAUGCAAUUGAUGCAGGUCAUGCUGUUUAUAUUGCUCGUAUAUAUCAUUCUGGCGAUCUAAUUCCUGGUAAAGUUGUACCACAUUUGGGCAAAGCUUAUGUUAGUUAUGAUGGAACAGAAUAUGAAUUCGAUUCAUAUGAGGUAUUAUGUGAUACAAAAUUACCACAUGGUCCCCAACAGUGUUACAAAUGGGAACGACAUAGUAAUGGAUAUGUUCCUAAAUAUGCCGUUGUUGGAGGUAUCACUUCUUCCAAUGAACCACUUUAUAUAGCUCGAGAAUAUAUUAAUGGUGAACGUGUAGUUGGAAAAGUUCAUGAAAGUCAUGAAUGCGCUUAUUUCCCUUAUGGUGGUCAAGAAAGAAAAAUGCAUCAUUAUGAAGUUCUUGUAUUAAUUAAAUGAUUACAAAAAAGAAAAGGAAAAGAGAAAAAUACAGACAAUACCCAAACCACAAUUAUCGUAAAUUGAAUUUUUUUUCACUUUUAGAAUAAAAAAACCAAUCUUAAUUAGCUUCAUUUAUUAUUUCAUCAAUUCUUAUUCAGGAUUUUUGUUACUAACCUACAUUUUUUAAAAACCCAAAUGAUAAUCAUGUUUUCCGAACAAAAUCUAUUUGUCAUAAUUAUUUUUCUUAUUAAAUUCAUAUAUAAGAAUAGUAUAAUCUGUUA